GUGCUGAACGUUUGUUAUCACAGCAGUCAUGUUUCUCUGAACGCGAUUCAUCUGAAUUUAUUACAGUAAUAUACACCUUUAUUUACAUAUCUCACACACUUUCACAUGAACAUUCGUGAUGUUGAAGUUUAAAUAUGGAGGUCACAGCAGUGUUAAAGAUCUGUCUGCAGUCGAGUCCAUCACGAGCCGCUGCGCUCGACUCAAUCAGCUUUUGCAGGGUAAGUGCAGAAGUGCAUCAGACUCUACAGGAGUGACCAGAGAAGGUCUCAUCGAUGCUUUGCUGUUGCUCUAUCAAGAGUGCACGUCACCAGAGCUCAUGAAGAUCAAACAUGUGGCCAAUUUCGUCAAUAAAUACUCUGAGGUGGUAGCUGAAGUUCAAGAACUGCUUCCUUGUAAGAAGGAUUUUGAUAUGAGGGGUGUUGUGGGACGAGGACGUUUCGCUGAGGUGCAGGUUGUGAAGGAGAGAGCUACUGGAGAUGCGUAUGCCAUGAAGAUCAUGGAUAAAAGCUGUCUACGUUCUCAGGACCAGGUGUCAUUUGAUGAAGAAAGAAGCAUCUUAACCCUGAACGCAAGUCCUUGGAUCCCACAACUCCAGCACGCUUUUCAAGACCAGGAUCAUGUUUAUCUGGUGAUGGAGUAUCUACCUGGUGGUGAUCUCAUGACUUUAAUGAACAGAUAUGAAGAUCAGUUUGAUGAGUCUAUGGCUCAGUUUUAUCUUGCAGAGCUUGUACUGGCCAUUCAUGUUGUCCAUCAGAUGGGAUAUGUUCACAGAGAUAUUAGACCAGACAACGUUCUGAUCGACCGCACAGGUCACAUUAAACUGGCUGACUUUGGAUCAGCUGCCAGAUUGAACGCUAGCAGAACGGUGAUGUCUUCAAGACUUCCGGAGGGGACUCAUGAUUUUUUGGCUCCGGAGAUUCUGUCCGCACUAAACGGAGGGUCGACAUGCAGCUACGGUCCUGAAAGUGACUGGUGGUCCCUUGGCGUCAUUGCUUAUGAAAUGGUCUACAUGAAAUCGCCUUUUUCUGAUGGGACCUCAACAAAAACCAUCAAUAAUAUCUUGAACUUUCAGCGCUAUUUGAAGUUCCCGGAGGAACCGAAGGCCAGCGCUCAGUUUGUGGACCUGAUCCAGAGUUUGUUAUGUGGAUCACGGGAGCGACUGGGGUACGAGGGGCUCCGGUCCCAUCCCUUCUUCUCCUCCAUUGACUGGAACAACGUGAGACAUGCGCUCCCUCCGUUCGUUCCGUCUCUGCGCUCCGACGAUGACACCUCCAAUUUUGAGGAGCCCGAGAGGCCCCAUCGCCCCGCGGCCGCUGCCCAGCGAGAUCUCCCUCGCGACGGCUUCAACGGACGAGACCUGCCCUUUGUAGGGUGGUGCUUCAGUCGGGCCCUGAGCGCACUGGCCAAGUCUGAGUCUGUUGCCGCAGGGCUGAACUCUCCUGCGAAAACAAACUCCAUGGAAAAAAAACUCCAUCUGAAAAACAAAGAACUGCAAGAUACUCAAGACAAAUGUCACAAGAUGGAGCAAGAGAUCUCGCGGUUUCAGCGUAAAAUGACUGACCUCGAGUCAGUUCUCCAGCAGAAAGAUGUGGAACUCAAAGCCUCCGAGACCCAGAGAAGCAUUCUGGAGCAAGACCUCGCCACCUACAUCACCGAAUGCAGCAGUCUAAAGCGUAGUUUGGAGCAGGCUCGUGUCGAAGUCUCACAGGAAGAUGACAAAGCUCUACAGCUCCUCCAUGACAUCAGAGAACAAAGCAACAAACUCCAGGAGAUCAAAGAACAAGAAUAUCAUGCACAGCUGGAGGAGAUGCAGGUCACCAUCAGACAGUUGGAGGAAGAUCUGUCGGCCGCUCGUCGUCGCAGUGAUCUGUACGAGACUGAGCUACGAGAGUCACGACAGACCAGCGAGGAGCUGAAGAGAAAAGCUGCCGAAUACCAGCAGAGAAUCCAGAAGGCAAAGGAACAGGGUAAAGCCGAGGUCGAGGACCUGCUCUCUAAACUGGAGAAGACAAAUGCCGAGCAGCAGCUGAAGAUUCAGGAGCUGCAGGAUAAACUCUCAAAGGCGGUGAAGGCGAGCACAGAAGCAACAGAACUGCUGCAGAAUAUCCGACAGGCCAAAGAGCGUCUGGAGAGAGAACUCGAGCGCCUGCGCAGCAAAUCUGACUCGAGUGACACGCUGCGCAGACGCCUUAGAGAGACUGAGGAGGGCAGAAAAACUUUGGAAAAUCAAGUCAAGCGUCUGGAGAUGGUAGAGCGUCGAGAGAAUAAACUUAAAGAUGACAUCCAGACAAAAUCCCAGCAGAUCCAACAGAUGGCUGAGAAGAUACUGGAGCUUGAGGAGAACUUGAGGGAAACUCAGGCUACGGCUCAGAGGAUGGAAACUCAUUUGGUCCAAAAAGAGCGACUUUAUGAGGAUAAGAUCAAGAUUCUGGAGGCGCAGAUGAAAGUGGAUCUGGCAGAUAAAGAAAGUCUGGAGCAGAAGCGAGCUCAGCAUGAGGAAGAAGCUCGUGAAAAAUGUAAACUCCUCAGUGAACAGAAAGCUACCAUCAAUGCAAUGGACAAUAAAAUGAAGAGUCUGGAGCAGAGGAUCGCUGAACUCUCAGAAGCAAAUAAACUCGCGGCCAACAGCAGCAUUUACACACAGAAGAACAUGAAAGCGCAAGAGGAGAUGAUCUCAGAGUUACGACAACAGAAGUUUUAUCUGGAGUCACAGGCAGGGAAACUGGAAGCGCAGAAUGCCAAACUGGAGGAACAUCUGGAAAAGAUGAGCCAGCAGGAACAGACCAGGAAGAGUCGGAUUAUGGAACUGGAGACCAGACUCCGAGAGAUGGGUCUGGAGCAUGAGGAACAGAAGCUGGAGAUUAAGAGACAGGUGUCUGAACUGACACUGUCACUACAGGAGCGAGAGUCUCAGAUCAGCAGUCUGCAGGCGGCGCGUCACGCUUUAGAGAGUCAACUACAGCAGGCCAAAACCGAACUGGAGGAGACGACCGCAGAGGCCGAGGAGGAGAUCACCGCUCUAAGAGCCCACAGAGAUGAGAUUCAACGCAAGUUUGAUGCUUUGAGAGACAGCUGUUCGGUAAUCACAGACCUGGAGGAGCAGUUGACCCAGCUGACCCAAGAGAACGCCGAGCUGAACCGACAGAACUUCUACCUAUCCAAACAACUGGACGAGAUGACGGUGGAGAACGAGGAACGGAUACAGCUCGAUCAAGAUGUGGACCGCCUGCGCCGUGAGGUCGCUGACAGAGAGAUGCACCUCAACAACCAAAAACAGAACAUAGAGACUUUGAAGACCACAUGCAGUAUGCUGGAAGAGCAGGUGGUGGAACUGGAGAGUCUAAAUGAUGAACUCCUGGAAAAAGAAAGGCAAUGGGAGAACUGGAGAUCUGCUCUGGAGGACGAGAAGAACCAAGCAGAGCGCAGAACCCGAGACAUGCAGAGACUGCUGGACAACGAAAAGCAAAACCGGUUACGGGCGGAUCAGCGUAGCACAGAGUCUCGGCAGGCCGUGGAAUUGGCCGUGCGGGAACACAAGGCUGAAAUUGUGGCUUUACAGCAGGCACUUAAAGAGCAGAGACUUAAAGCCGAAAGCUUGUCUGAUACUCUGAAUGAUCUGGAGAAGAAACAUGCCAUGCUGGAGAUGAACGCACGGAGUCUUCAGCAGAAACUAGAGACUGAGAGAGAACUCAAACAAAGACUUAUGGAGGAGCAAGGUAAACUUCAGCAGCAGAUGGAUCUACAGAAAACACACAUCUUCAGACUGACACAGGGCCUUCAGGAUGCACUGGACCAGACAGAUCUGCUUAAAACUGAGAGAACCGACCUGGAGUAUCAGCUAGAGAACAUACAGGCUGUGUACUCUCAUGAGAAGGUGAAAAUGGAAGGAACCAUCUCUCAGCAAACUAAACUCAUAGACUUCCUGCAGGCCAAGAUGGAUCAGCCCACCAAGAAGAAGAAGGGAAUAUUCGGCCGUCGACGUGAGGAGGUUGGCGUCACAGCUAACGGGGCCACAGCCGCGGCGGCUCAGUCUGCCGUACCGUUACAGUACAGUGAUAUGAAAGUAGCUCUUGAGAAAGAGAGAUCUCGCUGCUCGGAGCUGGAAGAAGCUUUACAAAAGAUGAGAAUCGAGCUGCGCACACUUCGAGAAGAAGCGGCUCAUUUUAAAGCUCAGGAGCAUGUGCCUCCGUCCAUGCCAGCGGCCCGUCAGCAGAUCCUCAUGUCGGCCAUCGUGAAAUCUCCAGAGCGACAGCCCAAUCCCAGCAGUUUGUUGAAUCCCUCCAGCUCGGCCCGGCGCAAAGAGAACUCCACACCAGAGGAGAAGAGGAGAGUCACAUUUGAAAAGUACGGACGGCGCGUAAAGGAGCGGAUGCAUCACAACAUUCCUCAUCGCUUCACGGUGGGCUUGAAUAUGAGGGCGGCAAAAUGUGCUGUCUGUCUGGACACCGUACAUUUCGGCCGGCAAGCUGCCACAUGCCUGGAAUGCCGUACUCUCUGUCAUCCCAAGUGCUCGCCGUGUCUCCCUGCGACUUGCGGUCUUCCAGCCGAGUAUGCUACGCAUUUCACUGAGGCUUUGUGUAGGGAUAAGAGCAGCUCACCCGCCCUGCAGGUUAAAGAAGCGUCGGGUCACGUGCGUCUGGAGGGCUGGAUGAAACAGCCCAGGAACGGGAAAAGAGGACAGCAGGGCUGGGAGAGGAAAUAUGUGGUGCUGGAUGGAACUAAAGUGUCAAUCUAUGAGUCUGAACUCACAGAAGAUGCUGUGAAGCCGCAGGAAGAGUUUGAGUUGUGUUUGCCAGAUGGUGAUGUGACCGUACACGGAGCUGUUGGCGCUUCUGAGCUCAUCAACACGGCUAAAUCAGAUAUCCCAUAUGUACUGAAACUGGAGUCUCAUCCUCACACCACAUGCUGGCCGGGUCAGUCUCUCUACUUCAUGGCUCCCAGUUUUCCUGAUAAGCAGCGCUGGGUGGCUGUUCUGGAGUCAGUGAUCGCGGGCAGCAGAGGAUCUCGUGAGAAAACAGAAUCAGAUGCUGCAGGUGCAAAAAGACAGAAGAAUCUCUCACCCAUGGUUCAGAAGCUCUUGGGUAACUCUUUACUGAAGUUAGAAGGAGAUGACCGGCUGGAUAUAAAUUGUACUUUACCUCUGACUGACCAGAUUGUGUUGGUGGGUUCAGAAGAGGGUCUGUAUGCUCUCAAUGUCAUUAAGAAUUCACUGACACACAUCCCAGGACUGGACUCAGUAUUCCAGAUCCAGAUUCUUAAAGACCUUGACAAACUGCUUAUGAUCACUGGUGAGGAGCGUGCUCUGUGUUUGGUGGAUAUUAAACGGGUCAAACAGUCUCUGGCUCAGUCUCAUUUACCCGCACAGCUGGAUCUCAGUCCAUAUAUCUUUGAGGCAGUGAAGGGUUGCCAUCUGUUUGCUUCUGGAAAGAUUGAAAAUGGGAUGUGUAUUUGUGCUGCGAUGCCCAAUAAAAUCACCAUACUACGCUACAAUGACACACUCAACAAGUUCUGCAUUAGAAAGGAGAUUGAGACGUCUGAACCCUGCAGUUGCAUUCACUUCACCGGCUACAGCAUCAUCAUCGGCACAAAUAAAUUCUAUGAGAUUGAGAUGAAGCAGUAUGUGCUCGAAGAGUUCUUGGAUAAGAACGACGUGACUUUGGCUUCGGCUGUGUUCGCUGCCUCCUCUCACAGUUUCCCGAUCUCCAUCAUCCAGGUGUCCAGCUCCCCUCAGAAAGUCGAAUAUCUGCUUUGCUUCCACGAAUUUGGAGUGUUUGUGGACGCGUACGGCCGCAGGAGUCGCACCGAUGACAUCAAAUGGAGUCGCCUGCCUUUGUCCUUCGCAUACAGAGAGCCCUAUCUGUUUGUAACCUACUUCAACUCGCUGGAUGUCAUUGAGGUUCAGAGUCACUCUGCGCUUGGUCCACAUGCCUACGCACACCUGGACAUUCCUAACCCUCGAUACCUGGGCCCGGCCAUCUCAUCUGGUGCCGUGUACCUGGCAUCGUCCUACCAGAACAAACUGCGAGUUAUCUGCUGUAAAGGAAACCUGACUCAGGACGGGUCGUCCGCUGAACCGCAGAGGAACGGCUCGACGCGCAGCCCAAACAAGCGCGGCCCUCCCUCUUACAACGAGCACAUCUCUAAACGUCUGGCCUCAACGCCUGCCGGACAGGAGGGAAUCCAUCAACCCGGAACCCCUCACCGUUACCGGGAGGCUCGGACCGAGUUCCGCCGUGACAAAUCUCCCGCACGGCCCCUCGAUAGAGAGAAGUCACCAGGCCGUCUCACCGAGCAGAGGAUAGAGAGAUCACCCGGGAGAUUGAUGGACCCUCGUUUGGACCGCUCACCAGGGCGGGUGAUGGAUCUGCGCAGAGAAAGGUCGCCCGGCCGGGCGUUCGAAGAACCCCGACAAAGACUGCACACGGGAUCGGCACGCACGCCCAUUAACACGGUAAACAAGGUGUGGGAUCAGUCAUCGGUUUAAAUGAUCAGCGCUGUAUCUGAAGACCACGCCCCCAGAACAUCCGAUUCGAAUAAACAUCUGACCACGGACAGGAAUCAUGUAACCACGUGACGUCCAAUCUCAUUUCAGUGAUGUCAAUCUUACACAGAGCACAAUGUCUGGCUCUACAUGGCCUUAGAUUAAUAUUAACACUGUUUAUUAACAACACUACGAUCUGGCCAGCUAGGGCUAACAUUUCUGAAAGUAUUAUUAGAUGACUUGAUCCGAUGUUCAGUGAACGAGAAACACUAAAGUGGGUAAGAAUGAGAAUGAGUUUUGCUCGUCGUUCGUCCUGAUAUUUCUGUACCUCUUACUUCCUUUUGGUUUCCUCUUUCUUGUCCGUCAACCUUCCCGCACUUCCCCAGAAUCCCCAGUGACGUCUUGAUGAAACGGGAACUUUGUAAAAUCUCCGAAUGUCAAGUCACUCUUGUAUAUAGGCCCGUGUGAUUUUAUACGAGACGAUAUAAAAGCGAAUAUCAAGGCUUGUUGAGCCGUGUCUAUUUUUGUUAAGAAAUGAAAUGCGAGAACUCGUUUGUAACGUUCCCGUCUUGGAUGUCUCAAUCUGAACCAUGUAAAUGUCCAUGACGCUUUAAAGUGAAACAUUUCGCUUGAAUCAAGCUGGUGUGCAUCUGCCUGUAACACUCGUAGACCGAUUCCUUUUCAAGCUCAACAAAUGUGUUCGUUUUUUGAAGACAAUUUAAGAAAUCUGCUGCUGUAGUGUCGUCCGCUUUUUCAAUAGCACAGAGCGAGAACGCUUCGCUUCCACCGGGAUUUUGUCUUCAGGCCCUGAUGAACUCUUGACCUCAGGAUAAGAAUGUAUGAAUCACAGUUCUGUUGUUAUUUCAUGCGACGCUGCCGUCCACACAGGAAUCUCUAUUUAGCGUUAUCUAUUAACACCAUUCGGUUCAUUCGUGCGGUGAUGUCUUGACUGUCGCAUGGAGACGAUUCAAAGGGUUUCUUCUGUUUCUGCUUUUCAUUUCUGUUUCUUGUGUUUGAUGCUCUUCAUUUUGCGCUAAAUGAUGCCGAUGUUAACAAACUGCUGACCAGAGAUGUAGCGUAUCUUGUUUGAUCUUUUCUUUUUUAUAAUUAUGGUCAAAUAGCAUUAUCUAUAGCCACUAUUAAACAAAGAUCUAUCUUUA